AUGCAGGGCCGGACCCCUCAGAGGGACCCCUUGUCCCCAGUCCCGGGCCGGGCGCUGCCGGCUGGGACAAGGUGCAAGGUCGGUGUCUCGUGGGCGAGUCACGGCUCUGCCAGGAGCGUCUGUGAGGAGCCGGAGGGGACACGGCGGGGGGGCCCCUCCCCGGGUCUCACUCCUUUCCUGGCUGGAGCACUCUUCGGGCCGUGGACCGGGCUGGUGCUGUGCUCGGCCCUCACAUCCGUGGGAGCGACCUUCUGCUACCUGCUCUCCAGCACGUUUGGAAAGCAGUUCAUCAUCUACUACUUUCCUGAUAAAGUAGCUCUGCUACAAAGGAAGGUAGAGGAGAACAGGAACUGCUUAUUUUUCUUCUUGUUGUUCCUGAGGCUGUUCCCCAUGACACCAAACUGGUUUCUGAACCUCUCGGCUCCCAUUUUAAACAUCCCUGUGUCCCAGUUCUUCUUCUCCGUUCUCAUUGGUCUUACACCAUAUAAUUUCAUCUGUGUGCAGACAGGAGCCAUUCUGUCACAAAUCACCUCUUUGGAUGCCAUUUUCUCCUGGGACACGCUGCUCAAACUGCUUGCGAUGGCUGUGGCAGCAUUGAUACCAGGGACCCUCAUCAAGAAAUACAGCCAGAAGCACUUGAAGCUGGAUGAAGACAAGCAUCUUCAGUUACUCAACGGCAAAAAGAGCUUGUGAUGGCUCACGUGUCCCCCAGGUUGGGGGACUGCCUCGCAAAAGCUACAGGUCUCUGUUCCUGUGGGUUGUAUUCUGCAUGCUCUGUGCCACCAUGGACCAAGGACAAUUGCAGUUUUUAAUCGUUCUUCUCGUCUAAGAGGAGGUGUAAGGUUUUAUUUUUAAUGAAUGUUUAACUGUGCAUGUAUCUGCAC